CGCGCACAGCAAAACGAGACCGAAAAAUUGCUCCCAGCUGGCGGCUGUGCUGCAAUAGCGAAGAUACUGAGGCGGGAGGCUAUCCCUUAGUCAUUACCACGGCCGUUUGUUGGCACCUUGUUACCUGUAUAGACACAGAGUAUCUGUAGACAAAAGCUUACAAGGAGAAGUCUUCGUGGCUUGACUUCUCUCGUCCAGAGGAAGGACUUGAAUGCCGCGGAUAUCACCUCUCGUCGCCAUUCAUGGUGAUGGCUCUAUCGACCAAACGCGACAAUCGCAGCCCCCGAGAAAUUAACCCAUAAUUGUGCCGUUUUGUUGUUGUGAAUCAACGUUGUUGAUGGUACUGGUUUGACAACGCUAUUAAGCUGUUCGUGUCCAACCUGCGCGGCGUGUGACUCUCGUCUACCGCUUGGAUAUUCGCCCACCUCAUGUUCUUCUCGCAUGGAUCCCUUGAUGUGGAGUUUGACACAAAAGCUCCCGCACAGUACCAGGCGACUAAACACCAGCGGAACAUAAUCGAGCUGCAAGUAUAACCAGGCAGACGGACAUCCCGUGUCAUGAAUCAUACGUUCCCCUCUCGUUGCAGUAGAGACUGCGCAUCAAUCCUGCCCGCUCAGUUCGGAAUUCGCUCCAUAUCGCUCACACGUGAUCAACUCACUCUUCUCAAACCAAUAAUGAAGAAACCCGCCAACAGUACCCGAUCUAUUGAGCGAGGGCUCUGGUCAGGUGAGGAGCAUGACCGCUUUCUGGAUGGUCUCAAGCUUUACCCGCAUGGCCCUUGGAAGAAGAUCGCUACCUACGUGGGCACGCGCUCGCCACGUCAAGUUCAGACACACGCUCAAAAGUACUACGAGAAGGUCGGCCGUCGCCUGCGCGGCCUGCGCAAGGACCGCAAGAAGCUCGUGCGCCCAGAACACCGCCUGGACGAGGAUAUGGUGCAGCUUUGUCAGCUCGCAAAGGACAGGAAGGACCCUAACGGCCACGUGGACCCUACACUUGCCAGUCGCCUACGUGCGCCACUAUCAUCUCCAUCCAAGAUCAGCAUCUCGGUGCUGGCCAUGGAGUCGGCCGAGAAGCAACAAAACUCCUUUCAGGGGGAGCUACAGCAGGCGUCGAGCUUUGAUCCACCCAGCCCUUGCUCUAGUGCCAGUACGGUCUCGACAGACAGUGACGCCGGCAUGGACCUGUCGGACUUUGACGACUCUUGUCUGGACUUCCUGAUCGAAGUGCUGAGCGACAUGGACACGACCAAUAGUGGAGAAAGCUUUGUCGUCAAUGUAUGACGCGAGCUUACUGAGCAGUGUAGUCCAGUAGUAGAGCCCCCCAGCAUCCGAUAGAUGGAACUGACAACCACCGUAGAAACAGCGGUCAUAACUUAUAACGAAGAAGUGUUCAUUCAUUUGCAUUAAAG